AUGCGCUGGUAUCUUAUAAAUGCUCAAGAGUGUCUCUUCAUCUUCCUGAUAUAUGGGGUGCAUGACACAGAGAGGACCCCCUGGGGCUUCCUGCAGUCCCUGGUCAGCAUCAAGCAGGAGAAGCCGGCCGAGCCCGACGAGCCGCCGGCCCCCCAGCACCACCACUACGCGGGGCUGUUCGCGGGCGCCGGCGACAGGUCGCCGGGCCUGGGCGGAAGCGGGGACGGGGGCGGCCACGGCGUCAUCCAGGACCUCAGCGUCCUCCACCAGCACGGCCCGCCGCCGCCGGCGCAGCACCCCCGCGACGCCCUGCUCGGCGGCGAGGAGCCAAAGCACGACGGCAGCGUCAAGAAGGCGAAGAGGCCAAAGCCAGAAUCUCAGGGAACCAAAGCCAAGCGGAAGCCGAGCGCCCCUUCCAAGCCGGCCCUGGCCGCGGACGGCGCCGGCGCCCUCCUGUCGGCCAGCCCGAAGCCGCACGUGUGCGACCACUGCAGCGCGGCGUUCCGCAGCUCCUACCACCUGCGCCGCCACGUCCUCAUCCACACCGGCGAGCGGCCCUUCCAGUGCGGCCAGUGCAGCAUGGGCUUCAUCCAGAAGUACCUGCUGCAGAGGCACGAGAAGAUCCACAGCCGCGAGAAGCCAUUCGGCUGCGACCAGUGCAGCAUGAAGUUCAUCCAGAAGUACCACAUGGAGAGACACAAGCGGACACAUAGCGGAGAAAAGCCAUACAAGUGUGACACCUGCCAGCAGUACUUUUCGAGGACCGACCGGCUGCUGAAGCACAGGCGCACGUGCGGGGAAGCCAUAGCCAAGGGGGCGGCGGGCGCAGAGCCGGGGGCGGCGGCCCACGGCGGCGCGGGCGGCCUGGCUGCGGCGUCUCAGGGAACCGCGAGCUCUUCCAGGAGGAAGGCCAAGGCGAAGAGCGUGGCCGUGGACAGCAAGGAGCAUAAGGCGGCCAGAGCGAGCGAGGCGCAGAUCGCGAAUAACGUGGCCAUGCAGAGUUACUCGGUGGAGAUGCCCCCUCUGGCCGCCGGCGCGGGCGGCGUGGGCGCGGGCGUGGACGACCUGCAGAAGAGGGUGCCGAAGCUGAUCUUCAAGAAAGGAAGCAGGAAGAGCACAGACAAGAGCUACCUGAAUUUCGUGUCGCCCCUACCAGACAUAGUCGGCCAGAAGUCUCUGUCCGGGAAGCCCGGGGGCUCGCUCGGCAUAGCCUCCGGGACCGGCGUGGAGGCCAUCGGCCUUCUCCACGGUGCAGCGGGCAAACAAGGCCAGAUCAGCAGCAACUAUGACGACGCCAUGCAGUUUUCCAAGAAAAGAAGAUACUUACCAACUGCCAGCAGCAACAGUGCCUUCUCUAUCAACGUGGGACACGUGGUCUCCCAGCAGUCCGUCAUUCAGUCCGCGGGGGUCAGCGUUCUGGACAGUGAGGCCCCACUGUCACUCAUCGACUCCUCGGCCCUCAAUACUGAAAUCAAGUCUUGUCACGACAAGUCUGGGAUCCCCGACGAGGUUUUGCAGAGCAUUUUGGAUCAGUACUCCAGCAAGUCGGAGAGCCAGAAGGAGGACCCGUUCAGCAUAGCGGAGCCGCGGGUGGAUUUGCACGCCUCAGGGGAGCACUCAGAAUUGGUUCAAGAGGAGAACCUGAGCCCCGGCACCCAGACCCCUUCGAGCGAUAAGGCGAGCAUGUUGCAAGAAUACUCCAAAUACCUCCAGCAGGCUUUCGAAAAGUCCACUAAUGCAGGUUUUACCCUUGGACACGGUUUCCAGUUCGUCAGUUUGUCUUCACCUCUCCACAACCACACUUUGUUCCCAGAGAAACAAAUCUACACUACGUCUCCGUUGGAGUGUGGUUUCGGCCAAUCUGUUACCUCGGUGUUGCCGUCUUCAUUGCCAAAGCCUCCUUUUGGGAUGUUGUUUGGAUCUCAGCCAGGUCUUUACCUGUCUGCUCUGGAUGCCCCCCAUCAGCAGCUGACGCCUUCUCAGGAGCUGGAUGACCUGAUAGAUUCUCAGAAGAACUUAGAGACGUCGUCAGCCUUUCAGUCCUCAUCUCAGAAACUGACUAGCCAGAAGGAGCAGCAGAAGAACUUAGAGCCCUCCGCGGGCUUUCAGAUUCCAUCUCAGGAGUUAGCUAGCCAGAUAGACCCUCAGAAAGACAUAGAGCCUAGAACAACCUACCAGAUUGAGAACUUUGCACAGGCGUUUGGUUCUCAGUUUAAGUCGGGCAGCAGGGUGCCAAUGACCUUUAUCAGUACCUCUAAUGGAGAAGUGGACCAUAGAGUGAGGACUUCGGUGUCAGACUUCUCAGGGUAUACGAGUAUGAUGUCCGAUGUCAGUGAGCCAUGCAGCACGAGAGUGAAGACGCCCACCAGCCAGAGCUACAGGUAAGGUACCUGGCGGCCAGGCUGGAGGGCGACCGUGAUGCGUUUGAUUUUGAGAACACUGCCAUUGGAAUGUUUCUACACGAUCCUGUUAAGAAUAAUGUAAUGCCCUUUCAAUGCAACUUUUCAUAUUUAGUUUAUUUUGUUAGCGUGAUUUUAGCUCUGUUUGUAUUAUGAUUUUUAAUCAAAAUCAAUAGAUUAAAAAUAGUUUGACAUUCAAAGUGACAAUGUUUAGCAAUCAAAUUUACAUGUAUAGAUUGUCAGGGAAUAGCCCAAAAGUUUUAAAUGCAAAAAAAAAAAAAAAAACCUCUACAAAAAAAUACUAAACAAAACAAAAAAAAACAAACAAAAAAACUUUGUUGCUAGGAUUAAGGUUAUUCUAAUUGCUUCACUCUCAGGAAAGUAAUAACGCAUGGGAAUUCUGUACGUUAUCACUGUAAUGGAAUAUCCAAUUUACAGAUAGUAUGAUACACAUUUCAUCAUUUGAGUAAGGGAUCGAGAACAUUUCAGAUUGCUCUCUCUGGGCUGAUAGGAUACACAUUUCAUCGUUUAAGUUAGGGAUCGAAAACGUUUCAGAUUGCCGUCUCCAUCUGGGCUGAUCCAGAAUUCUGAGAUGUUGGCUACCUAUAUUUUGUUGCAGCUUUUAAAUGUACUCUGAACUUCCAGACCACAUUCAUUCCAGCCUGGUAGAACAAAUAUUCUUGGAUCUUUGAUCAAAGCCUGGAAUGAUAGCUUUAAUAAAAGAAGGAAAAAAAAAAAAAGCACCCUCUCCUUAUCCCGCUGUA